ACAAGUGGAGUUCCUCAGGGCUCAGUACUGGGUCCAGCUCUGUUCAAUGUCUUUAUCAAUGACCUGGAUGAAGGCAUCGAGUGCACCCUUAGCAAGUUUGCAGAUGACACUAAGCUGGGAGGAAGUGUCGACCUGCUGGAGGGUAGGGAGGCUCUGCAAAGGGAUCUGAACAGGCUGGACUGCUGGGCCGAGACCAAUGGGAUGAGGUUUAACAAGGCCAAAUGCCGGGUCCUGCACUUGGGGCACAACAACCCUAUGCAGCGCUACAGACUGGGGGAAGAAUGGCUGGAGAGCUGCAUGGAAGAGAAGGACCUGGGGGUGCUGGUUGACAGCCGACUGAACAUGAGCCAGCAGUGUGCCCAGGUGGCCAAGAAGGCCAACGGCAUCUUGGCUUGUAUCAGAAAUGGGGACCAGCAGGUCCAGGGAGGUUAUUCUCCCUCUGUACUCAGCACUGGUGAGACCGCAUCUCGAGUACUGUGUUCAGUUCUGGGCCCCAGAACUGAACAGAAGAAGGAUGUUGAGGCUCUGGAGCGUGUCCAGAGAAGAGCAACAAAGCUGGUGAGGGGGCUGGAGAACAAGUCUUAUGAGGAGCGGCUGAGAGAGCUGGGAUUGUUUAGCCUGGAGAAGAGGAGGCUGAGGGGAGACCUUAUUACUCUCUACAACUACCUGAAAGGAGGUUGUGGAGAGGAGGGAGCUGGCCUCUUCUCCCGAGUGACAGGGGACAGGACUAGAGGGAAUGGCCUGAAGCUCCGUCAGGGGAGGUUCAGGUUGGAUAUCAGAAAAAAAUUCUUCACAGUAAGAGUCAUUGGGUACUGGAACAGGCUGCCCAGGGAGGUGGUCGAGUCGCCUUCCCUGGAGGUGUUUAAGGAACGGGUGGAUGAAGUACUUAGGGACAUGGUUUAGGGAGUGUUAGGAAUGGUUGGACUCGAUGAUCCAAUGGGUCCUUUCCAACCUUGUG